AUAUAUUUUUUUAAAAAAGCAAAAAAAAACCCCAACCACCCAAAAACCAGGAGAUUUGCAAAGAAGAGGACGUAUCCGAGAUGCUGAUCGAAGGAUUCUUGCUUUUUGCCCUCUUGAUCUUCGCUUUCCAGUUUUUACAGUUGCAACGGGCACGCAGUCGACUUCCCCCUGGUCCCACUCCUCUUCCCAUCCUCGGCAAUUUAUGGCUGCUGGACUUCGCUCUGAAACGAGAAACUCUGGUGAAGUUAACAAACAUCUAUGGGGAAAUCUAUACCCUUUGGCUGGGGACGGCGCCGGUGGUUGUGCUGAAUGGCUACAAGGCUGUGAAAGAAGGACUCGUCACUUACUCAGAGGAGACCUCUGGAAGGCCACUGACGCCUUUGUUUUUUGAUCUGAUGGGUGAGAAAGGCGUUUUUAUGACCAGUGGCCCCAUCUGGAAACAGCAGAAGCGCUUUGUCAUGACAACGCUGCGAAAUCUGGGCGUGGGAAAGAAGAUCUUGGAGAACCGGAUCCAGGAGGAGGCGCAUCACCUUCUGAAGGUGUUCAAAAGCAAGAAAGAAUCGCCCUUUGACCCCCGAACGCCUUUAUUCAAAGCGGUCUCAAACAUUAUAUGCAAUUUUAUGUUUGGUUAUCGCUUUUCCGAAGAGGAUGCCCAUUUCAACAAAUUAUUAAAAGCUGUCCACCUGAUUGUCUACAUUUCUGGCAACGCCUGGGGCAGGGCCUACGACUCGUUCCCCACAAUUAUGCGGAAACUUCGGAAGCCUUACCAGGCGUUGUUCGAAGGGAACGAAUUCUUGCACGACUUCGUCACGGACCAGAUUCAGAGCCACAAGGAGAGAUGGGAAGAAGGCAAUGAACCAGAGGAUCUGAUUGACUUCUAUCUGGAAUUCACAUCCAAGAGCAAAGAUGACUCCGGUUCUAUUUUCAGCGAGGACAACAUGGUUCAAAUUAUCGUCGACCUGUUGAUUGGAGGAGCACAGACCAGCUCUACCACUUUGUACUGGGGCCUCCUUUAUUUGCUCAAAUAUCCAGAUGUGCAAGAAAAAAUCCACCAUGAAAUAGAUGCCAUUCUGGGGCCUUCUCAAGUGAUCACUUAUGAGGAUCGGAACAGAUUACCCUACACGAACGCCGUACUGCAUGAAAUCGUUCGCUACAGCAACGUUGCGAUCACUGGGCCCUUACGGAAAUGCCUGAAGGACAUCGAUAUCAAGGGAUUCCCAAUUGCAAAGGGAACACUUCUGCUGCCUAAUGCCCAUUCUGUGCUGUAUGACCCAGAGUACUGGGAAACCCCUUGGAAAUUCAACCCCGAGCAUUUCCUUGAUUCUGAAGGCAAUUUUGUGAACAAUGAAGCUUACUUGCCGUUCUCAACAGGGCGUCGGGUAUGUGUGGGGGAAUCCUUGGCCCGAAUCGAACUCUUUGUUUUCUUCACCAACCUUCUCCGUUCGUUCAAGUACCAGCUCCCACCAGAAGUAAAGGAUGUCAGCUUUGAGGAAAUCACAGGGUCCACCCGCCAGCCCCUCCCGUAUCACCUCUGUGCUAUUCCACGCGAAACCGCCUGAUGGCUUCUUCCUUCCAGGAACAGCUGACGGAGCAAGAUUUUUGAACCAUUUCAUGUCUUCUCACUUAAGCGUAGAUGUCCUCAGUUCUUCCUGGGCCAUCUUUGUCCGUUUUGUUUGUCGUUGAAAUGCAUAAAGGGAAGCUCCUUGGGGGUCGGACUAGAUGACCUACAAGGUCCCUUCUGAAUCUGUUAUUCUGUUAUACGCGGAAGUGCAUGUCUGUCUGUUCAAGCUUAUUACAAUACAGGUAGCCUUCAACUUAAUCCCCAUUUGUUUAGUGGCGAUCGGAGUUACGACGUACCUGAAAAACAGGACGUGUGACCAUUUUCCCCAGUUACAACCGUUGCAGCAUCCUCAUGGUUGUGUUAUCAAAAUUCGGAUGCUCAGCAACUGGUUUAUACAUACGACGGUUGCAGAGUCCCGGGGUCAUGUGAUUCCCAUGACGAAUGUAUCUUUUCUUUUAUGUACACUGCGAGUAUAUGCACCAAGACAAAUUCCUUGUAUGUCCAA